AUGGGUUCUUCUCAGUCCGUCACCACUAAGCCUAACAGCUAUUUCGGCCUCGAAGCCAUCAGCAACCACGCAGCUCAGACCUGCACCUCCCCAUCCUGCGCGAAAGAGGUUCUUAAUUUUGCCCAAAGCCAGCAGGACAGAUUUCACCGCAUCUUCGACGAAGAAUCCAACUCAAACUACAAGAUCAAGCGUGGCUGGGAGAUGGACAAGCAUCAAGCCAGCAAACAACUUACCGGUCGAGAACUGCGCCGAUCUCUCCGCGACAUGGAUCGUGAGAUGGCCCACCAGCUCCAGGUCAAUUCCAACAAGUUUCGUGCUCGAAAACAACGCGCUCUUGACCAGUUCAAGAAUGAAUGGAAGAAGAAUCAAAGAGCCAAAACUUAUCCUUACUGGGGCCGAAAUCUUCGCUGCUAA